AUGGCCCGCGAUCUGGACGCCGUCCGCGCGCGCCUCACCACCAGCCUCUCCUCACUGACCGAGUCCUCCAAGGCCCUGCGCGCGGCGCGCUCCGAUGCCAAGCGCCACGCCGAGGCCCUCGCCCGCGAGCGGACCUUCCGCGAGAAUGAGACCCGCCGGCUGGAGACCGAGGUAUUUAAACUCCGGCAGCAGGUGGCCCAGCAGCUGACGUCGCGCACCGGGGCCGGGCGCGCGCCGACCCGCGACGCCGGCCACGGUGCGCGCGUCCGCGUUCUCAACCGCCCGGACCCCACCCCUGCGCUGGCUGCCGCCCCGGGCAAGCCGUCCAAGCCCGAGGCCGAGGCCCUGCAGCUGGCCCGGUCGGCGCUGGCCACGGAAAACCGCCAUCUCGGCCAGGAGAACGCCAAGCUCCGGCUAGCCAUGUCCCUCCUUUGCCAGAUGCUCCUGACCAUUGGCGACAUCUCGGCCGUCAUCACGCCGUCCGAGUGCACCGCCCUGUCGUACCACUUCCCGCGCCUGGCUGCCGGCCCGGCGGUCGUCCUGCCCAAGAUCCCGGCCGCCCAGUCGCACUCCAUGACCAGCGCCCAGUGGGUGUCGGCCAUCACACACGGGGCCCCGGCCUUUGAGCUCAAUCCCUCCUAUCCGCCGCCGGACCACUUCGAUGACCGGCUCAUCUCGCUGGGGUUCCGCAUCGCGCACGAGGCCAUCCGGCAAUUUGCCUUCCUAGAUGAGGCCGGCCCUCUGGGCGGCGGCCCGGACGGGGACAGCCCCAUCCCGGGCGUUUCGCUCCGGUGCCCAGACUCUCCGGGCCCGGCCGAGGAGGUGUCGAAUCUCCGGGCCGAGUUGGCCGCCGCCCAGGCUCGCCUCUCGGACAUGGAUGCCCUCGGCCGCCAGGUGGACGACCUUACCCGGGCCUUGCAGCACGAGCGCCAGCAGCACCAGAUCCUGCAAAAGAAGGCCGAUUCCGCCGCGCCCCCUGCUCCCGCUCAAGCACAGCUUGACCAGGACCGCCAAGCGCUCCGCCAAUGGGCGCAAGAACUUCAGAAAGAGGCCGCAUCCGUGGCCGAGGCACGCAGCGCUCUCGAGUCCGAGCAGCGCCGCUACGAACUCACCCGCCAGCGAGACCUGCUUGUGGAGCAGCUCCGACUGGCCAACAUCAGCCCGCCGGCGGCCGCAGGGACGCUCCCAGCCACCUCGACACCGCCGCCCGCGGCCGCCGGCUCAGCACCACACCCAUAUCCCCUGUACGGGGGGCCGGUAUAG